GGUUACUUGGUGAACUGGGAUGUCCAGAGACAAGUUUGGGAUUAUCUUUUUGGAAAAGAAAUGUAUCAAGUGGAUUUUGUAGAUACCAAUAUUAUUAUUACUGAACCUUAUUUUAACUUCAGUUCAAUACAAGAAUCUAUGAAUGAAAUCCUGUUUGAGGAAUAUCAAUUUCAAGCAGUUCUUAGAGUAAAUGCUGGAGCUCUUAGUGCUCACAGGUAUUUCCGGGACAAUCCAUCUGAGCUAUGUUGUAUCAUUGUGGAUAGUGGAUACUCUUUUACACACAUUGUACCUUACUGUAGAAGUAAAAAGAAGAAAGAGGCAAUCAUCAGAAUCAAUGUUGGAGGAAAACUCUUAACCAACCAUCUGAAGGAGAUUAUCUCUUACAGGCAGCUACAUGUUAUGGAUGAAACACAUGUAAUUAAUCAAGUGAAAGAAGAUGUGUGUUAUGUUUCUCAAGACUUUUACAAGGACAUGGACAUUGCCAAAUUGAAAGGAGAGGAAAAUACUGUAAUGGUAGAUUAUGUUUUGCCAGACUUCAGCACAAUCAAAAAGGGCUUUUGUAAGGCUGGCAUGAGUGAUACUGUUGUGGGUGUCUAUUACAGGCCAUAUGAUCAGGAUGAGGAAGUUGAUGAGGCCUUCUACAGACAGCUGGCAGCAGCCCCCCAAUUACAGGCUCUGGUUCUCAUGGGGGAUUUUAACUACCCAGGCAUUAGCUGGAAUGCCUACACAGCCAGCCAUUCACAGUCCAGGAGGUUCCUCCAGUGCACUGAUGGUAACUUCUUGAUGCAGAUGGUGGAUGAGCCAACUAGGAGAGGAGUGCUGCUGGAUCUUCUACUCACUAAUAAGGAGGGUCUGAUUGAAGUGGUGAAGGUUGAGAGCAGCCUUGGCUGCAGCAACCACAAGAUGGUGGAGUUCAGGAUCUUGUGUGGUAGGAACAGAAUACCAAGUGGGAUCACAACGCUGGUCUUCAGCAGGGCCAACUUUGGCCUUUUCAAGUAA